UUGGUCUUAAAAGCCUACAACAAACCCCAACCCUUUCAGAGCCUUUCUGAAGGUCCUGGUGUACCUUCCAGUGUGGUUGCAGAAGUUACUUAUUCACGCUCAGCUUCUUCCCAAAAAUGUGGAUAAGCCGGAGUAUGGAGACUGGAGGGCCAGGACGCAGGGUGGCUGCCGGGCAAGGCUGAGGGUCAGGGCGCAGUGGCCCCAGGCCCGUGGCCGAGGGGCGUCUCCCAUGCCUACGGAGCCGCCCUGCCGGGGGCGCAGAGAGCGGUCCUGGGCAUCACCGCUCGCUCCAUGCCAGGGGCCGUGCGGCAGCGUGAGCGCGCGGAGAGCGAGCCGUGCACCAGGGGCCUCGCCCAGCCUGCCGCCACCCAGGAGGACGAGGACGCCGACGCGGUGCUGGAGCUGCUGGCCGCGCCCCCGGCCCCGCGCGUGGAGGCCGCCUUCCACUGCCGCCUGCGCUGGGACGCAGCGGUGGAGCGGCGUGCGCUGCAGGAGCUCGGGGUCUACUACUUGCCCGACGCCGAGGGCGCCUUCCUGCGCGGCCCGGGCCUGGACCUGACCAGUGGCCAGUACACGGCGCCCGUGGCCGGCUUCUACGCGCUCGCCGCCACGCUGCACCGCUGGCCGAGCCGCCCAGGAGGGGUGCCCUGCGCCCCCGAGACCGCCUGCGCCUGCUCAUCUGCAUCCAGUCGCGCUGCCAGGGCAACGCCUCCCUGGAGGCCGUCAUGGGCCUGGAGAGCAGCAGCGAGCUCUUUACCAUCUCCGUCAACGGUGUGCUGUACCUGCAGGCGGGCCAGUACACCUCCGUCUUCCUGGACAAUGCCAGCAGCUCUGCCUUCACCGUGCGCAGCGGCUCGCAAUUCAGUGCAGUCCUCCUGGGUGUGUGAGCAGCUGCCACAGGCCCUUCCUCUCCCAGGGAAGUGCAGCAGAGGUCUGAGUGACGUCCAGACAGGGUGGGAGCAACAGUGGCCACACGCAGGUGAAGCACAAGCCGGUGUCCUGGUCAGCAGUUUCCAGAUGUCGUCUUGCAAAGGGGAAGGCUGCUGUUGCCCUGAAGGGUCCGGAGCCCCUGCUCAGACUCGGCUCCCUGGGCUCCUCAGGGCCUUUGCCAUCUCAGCACAGCCAAUCAGGGCCAUGCCCAGGGCAGGGUGAGCCUGUGCCGAGCUGAGGGGCCGCCAAGGGGCGGGGAGCCCCAACCAGCUGCCCCUCAGCCGCCCCGUCGGAGCUGGUCACUCGCCCCUUGCCACGGUGUCCUGCAGGGCCCUGGUCAGCCUGCUGUGAUUGCUGAACCCAAGGCUUGCUGAAGACACUUGGCACAGCAGCUCAGGGACUGCAGGGACGCUGCACAGGACCUCUGGGGGACUGCGGCCGCUCCCUGUGGAAAGGCGACACUGCCUCCGCAGAGGCUGCUGGCCACCACGGUCCUUCCUGUCCUGAGGCUUUGCUUACUGCUAGGCCUCAGAGGGAGACGCAGCGUACCUUCAGGGUGCACCCUGGCCACAUGCUGACCACCAGACUGGGGGCAAGGCCCAGCAGCUCGGGGAUGGGUGCGGGGCUCAGUCUGGGGGGAAGGUGAGGGUAGUGCCCCCAAGGAGACUUCAACACAGCCUCCCAGGUUUCCCGGGGCAGGACUGGCAUCAGGUAGGCAGCGACGAGGACAAGAGCCAGGAACGGCCUCCAGGGCACCAGCCCAGCCUGGCUGGGGUAAGCAGGCCUGGGGAGACGAGGCAAGUCAUCGAACUUCCCAGGCGGCCUCAGGACGAGGCGACCACAGCCAGGCUGAAGGACCCUGGCUCCCAGGCCCGCUCCAGAACCAAACGUGCCACGCCAGGCAGCCCGGUGACACCGCAGACCAACUGCUCUGGCCACAGCCGGCCUGGCCCGAUUCUCAGUAGGACUGGAACCCGCCCUACCAGGAAGCACCCAGCGGCCCGGCCCGUUCCAGCACGCACUGAUAAGGGUGGCACCGGCACUCCCUCCCUCCUCUGGACCUGCUUUGCACCCAGCGGGCAGAUGCGUUAUCUCUUCCCCUGAGCACACUGCAUGGGCACCUAUCUCAUUCUCCCCACGUGAGCGUGGGGCGCAGCAGCCCGCCAGGUGUUUACUCUAGAAUACCGCCAGGCGGGACACAUUUAUGGAACUGACCUGGACAUGUCAUGAAAUGACAUGAAGCUGGAAACCAAGGGCAGAGCUGAGACUCAGAAGCAACUGUUCACCUGGGCUUGCCUUGGAGGUGGCAGGGAGGGCCUGCUGGGGAGGCCUUUGCAGAGGGGACUGUGGCCUUAGGGGCACGUGAGUCACAGCCUCCACGGUGCAGGGGGACGCCUGGUUUGCUGUAAGGAGGUAUCUGCCAAAUACGUUGUCUCCUGAC